AUGCCUCCUUGGCAAACACAACAUGGAGGAAAUCAAACCAGAAUCACAGAGUUCAUUCUACUGGGGUUUGGGACUGGCCGGGAGGCACAGAUUCCUCUCCUGUUGCUGUUUUUGGUGAUUUACAUUGUGACCAUCAGUGGGAACCUCUUGAUUGUUGUGCUUGUUUUGUCUGAUCAGCAUCUUCACACCCCAAUGUACUACUUCUUGGGGAAUCUGUCUUGCUUGGAGACCUUCUACAGCUCAGUCAUCCUUCCCAGGGUGGUGUAUAGCCUCUUGACAGGGGACAGGUCAAUUUCAUUCAUAGGUUGUGUUGCCCAGUUCUAUUUCUUUGGCAUCCUUGUCACGACAGAGUGUUUCCUGCUAGGCGUCAUGUCCAUCGAUCGCUACUUAGCCAUAUGUAAGCCAUUGCAUUAUGCUGCUCUCAUGAAUGGCAAACUAUGUGCUCAACUGGCUACUGGUUCCUGGAUGGGUGGGUGGGUGGCCAUCACCAUUACCACCUCUUUCAUGUCCCAGCUGGCUUUCUGCGGUACCAAUGAGAUGGACCACUUCUUUUGUGAUUUUGCCCCAAUGGUCAGUCUGUCCUGUAGUGACACAAGGACAAUAGAGAUCUUGAGUUUCGUAUUGUCAUCCGUAUGUGCUUUCCCACCUUUCUUGUUGACGUUGGCAAGCUAUGUUUGCAUCAUCAUCUCCAUCCUGAAAAUUCCAUCCUCCUCUGGAAGGCAGAAGGUUUUUUCUACCUGCUCCUCUCACCUUCUAGUGGUGAUCAUGUUUUAUGGGACUCUGAUUAUUGUCUAUGUCUUACCAAACUCCAGCACUCUGAGAGACCUAAACAAAGUUUUUUCUCUUCUGUACACCAUAUUGACUCCUCUUGCUAAUCCCCUUAUAUACAGCCUAAGAAACAAAGAAGUUAAAGAAGCAUUGAACAAAAGUGCCAGGAAACUUUACAAUAAUGUAAGAACGUAA